CGCGCACAUCGUCACCCGCCUGCUUCCCCUUCUUUUAUUAUCACUUCGCUUCAGUCAGUUCUCUACUAAACUCUUACAAAGCACCACGUAUCGCAUGGUCGCUGUGUUGUUGUAAAAUAUUUAAAAACAUCAUGCCUAGUAAUACUGAGUGGAAUGAAAAUGAAAUAAAACUGAUAGAAUUUAUGAGGAAAAAUCCACAAUAUAUAUCGCCGAUGUACAAUAACUGGUCAAAACCAGAUUUGGACAAAAUGUGGUCAACAUUAUCUACAAGUCUUAAUAUACCGAAGCACGAAUGUCGUCAGAAAUGGUACAAUAUAAAGAACAAAUACACAAGUAUAUUGACAAAAAAACAUAAACCAAUAAAAACGAAAUAUCUUGAUGGAAAAUUAUCGUUUUUAGAUAAAUAUAUUUUAAAUACCAAUAUCAAAACUGGCUCUCACGUGGAACCAGAUACAGAUAAAGCAACCGAUUCUGAUGAAGACAGUGGAGAAGAAGAUUUCGUCACAAUAGACUUGAAAAUGAUCGAAGAUCUUUUAGUUUUACGCGGCGAACCACAGAAAGAUAACGAGAUAUCCAAAAUGGAUAACAUUUUAUCAGUUGUGUCCAAACGAAUUGAUGAAGCAUUGUCUUCAUAUAUACAUCUAGCAAAUAAAUCACUAAAUAAACCAGAAUCAUUGUUAGGUGUACAAAUUUCAAAAAGUAAUGAAGUUACUUGGGAUGUUGAGGUACAAGAUAAUUUGAAUUUGCCCUGUAAAUCAAAUUAUACUGAAAUUAAUGAAAUGGUUUCCACUAAUUCUCCAUCGCACGAGAAUAUGAAUGACGCCGCGCAUGAUGUUCCAAGUACCUCAAUGGCAAAAAAUAGAUGUAGGACAUCUCUAUUAGUAAAGGAAAGGCCUGACAAAGAUGAUAUGGAAACUAUAUUCGAUAUACAUCAAAGUUCUGAUUCUGAAUCCUUCUAUUUAAAAUUAGAAAAAUAUAUAAAAAGGUUUUCUGUGGUAAAACAGGAAGAAAUACGUUUGAAAAUCUGUUACUUAAUAACGGAACUAGAAAUGGAAGAAGAUUAAUUGUUAGAUUUUAAUUGGAUUGUAUGUAACCCUACCAGUUUAUGAAUGGAAUUAUUGAAGUGUAUUAUUUGACUAAAUAUUUUAGUUCUAAAGCCAACCUAUCCCAAAGGAUGUCGCAAAUCCAAUUGCCUAUCACUCUAUGCAGGGACAUCAUUAAAAAAUAAUAGAGAUUAUCACGUAAACCCUAGCACAGAUAUUGACUCAUCUCCUUAAAAGAAAUAAUAUAUACUCCCUCUAAGGGUGCACAUGCAAAUCAUCCGAUGCCACGGUGCACAAGUCAAUAGUUUGUGUCAUGCUUUGUCAAUGUCAAAAUACGCUACCUUAUGUCAGUGAUGCACUCUGCUGGCGUGAUGAUAAUUCAGUAAUAUUCCUAAGAACAUAUUUUUUAUACGAUAGACAAUUUUCUUAUUAUCUCAUUGUUUAUUUGCUGGUCGGUUUGUAAGUUUGUGUAGAAUUAAACCCCCAAGAGCGGCUUCAUCAUAUUUAGGUACUACAUGUCCGAAGAUAAGCAGGGCUGCAUUGCGUGUAAAUUUUACAUGUCAUGUCUUGUGUUUAACGGAACCUGCCCUCCCGACUGUUACCUACUUAAAGAUAAGCUAAAUGUGGUCUUUGUGACUCUCAUAUCUUGUGUGUUCUCGGAACUCACAAGAUAUGGUAACACCCAUCGUUAAAACAAUUGAGGCGCCUUAUUUUCAUAGCAUGGUGUUUUCUGUCAUUGUUCAACUUUCCAUCUAGCACGUAGUAAAAUAUUCUUUAUUCUGUGCCAUAUGAUUUGCAGUUAGUUAUCUACUGUACACUUAGUACACUAAUGAAAAAUACAUUCCUUAGAACAAUAUUUAGGUCUUACGCACGUACCUACUUACAUAAUAUAGUAUGUAUCUACCGUUCAUGUAUAUUUUAAUUUUAGAACACAAAUGCAGACCAUUUAGCCUAACACAAAUCAUUAGGUGAUGAUUGUAGCUGUAGGUAGGUACAAGAGAUUAAAGGUAUAAUGCAUCGAUAUAAUUUAAAGGUUAAAUGCAAUAAGGUACUAAACACUAUAUUAUUAGGUACCUUGUGCAAUGAGAAUACCUGGUAUAAAAUAUAAUAAAAAACAGACUUAAAAGCUUACCUUUGCU